GUUUUGUUUGAUAGACGAAGCUUAGGGUCUCUUUGGGUUUGCAACCCUUACCCUCCUGGAAAAAAUCAUAGUUGCUAGACUGCGACACUUCAGACCAGGUACUAUUAGAGCCGCUAAUGGACGACGAGCUAUUUUCCGCUAUCCGGAGCUCAAGCAUUUGAGCCGCUAAAUGGACGAGACUCCUGGGGGAAAGGAUGCAGAGAAUGAGGAGAAAACACUCGUAGAUCUAUGGAGCAGGGAGUAGGUAUUGUACUACUUCCUGGUAUGGAGCACUGAGAAGCGCUUGGUGACAUCGUCCAAGAUCGACAGGGAUGGCGGGUCACCUGCCGUGACGCUGUCGACGCUAUUGUCCAGUCCCGCAUGGAGCCUGUGGUGAAGCCCCUCAUCUGUGGCACUUGUGCACGCAGUUUUCGUCGGCCACAGGAUAUUGCGAGGAACAAGUGUAACGCUGUUCGUGCGGCCCGCGUGCGCUGAGUAUGGCGUUCCCCGCCCGGUGGACAACACGUCUCCUGGUCUGCCCCGUAUGUGGCCACAUAGCCAGUCAUGACAGUGGAAGAAGGAAGGAAGGAAGCUCUCACCGUCCAGGAGCGACACUGACUCGCAUUGCUAUCUGGUGCUCACGAGGUGUUUGUCGCGCUUCAAACGGAGCGUCUCUCAUUCGGCGAUUUGAUUGCAGGACGAGAGAGGAGCUGAUGGACGAUCUCUCCAAUGUUCCUCUUGGUUCGGAGCAGCGCCGAGUGCUGGCGUUGGGACUUGGAGUUCUAGCAUCCGUAGCUGCCUCAGGGGGUGCCACUUCUCCCAUCAGCGUCGACUAGUCCGCCGUUCUAUUUAGCAUUGCUGCGUUCCUAUGCCACCGUGCCGGUCUGCGUUGGGCCAGUGUCUUGUUAUGCUGUGCUACAGUGCCGUGUCUAUUCCUGUGAGUGGUCCUAGCACCCCGUCUCGCCAAAGCCUGAGUGUUCACAUCAGACAGCACAUUGCUGCCCUGCCCUACCCUGGCCCCUGUAGGUAAGAACUGCACAGCACUGACAGCGCCUUUCAACGGCAAGGUGACCGGAACAGGUGUCACGCCCGGCACUGGUCUCUUCUUCGCCUGCAAUGCACCCUACGUACUCCGGGGCAGCGUCGUGUGCUUCUGCGAUGUCUUUGGAACGUGGAGCGGCGUUCCUGCUAAAUGCUCAAUCCCUGAUAUUCCCUGCAAGUACCAAUAGUUCAAGUGCGGUGGCAGUGGUGGUUGCAUCUCGGCCACCAAGGUCUGCGACGGUGUGUGAUAUGACUGCCCGGAUGGCUCCGACGAGAGCAACUGCACCAGCACACGCGGCACUGCAGCACCAGACUCCACCAAAUGGCUGCAUCCAGGGAGCCAGCAUGACCAGCUAUGGCAGCCAGAUUGCGUUUGGCUGCUACCAGCCAUACGUUCUCCAGGGACCUGCCACCCGCACCUGCCAGCUGAGUGGCAAGUGGGAUGGUGUACCACCUGUCUGCACAUUGGCCUCGCCUUACAAGAGUGGCUUCCAGCCAUGUCGUGAUGGUACCUGCCUGGCCUCAUCCAAGUUCUGCAAUGGCGUUUUCUUUGAGUGUCCCGACAACACAGACGAAUAUCAAUGCGGCACGACUGGACCCGGUGUGUGCACACCGCUAGCUAAACCGACCAACGGCUACUCCCAGGGCACAAACUAUUCUGCUGGAGGCAGCGUCGUCUUCGGCUGCAAUUCCGGAUACAACCUGCAGGGAAGCAUUGUGCGCAUCUGCCAGAUUGACGGUUCCUGGAGUGGGGCAGCUGCCUCAUGUAAUCCCAUUCAACUGCAGUGCCAGUCUGGCUACCUGCCCUGCCUGCAUUCCAGUGGCUGUAUCCUGCCAUCACAGCGCUGCGACGGUGUUUGGUACGACUGUGCUGAUGGCUCUGAGCAGUACUGCCCAGGCAAGGUCACACCAGCUCCAGGUCAAACCGACUGCCAGGUCCUGUCACAACCGGCACUGGGCUCAAUGACCGCGAACGGCUUGAUGUUCAGCAACACGACCACGUUUGUGUGCACAUCUCCCUAUGUCCUUAUGGACUCGGCCGUGCGUACUUGUGAAAUCAACGGCCAGUGGAGCGGUGUGCAGCCAACUUGCGUCCUGACGACUGCUGCUCUGAGUGCGGCCAGUGACGAGCUAGUCAAGGACUCCAUCUUAGAACGCAUGACACAAACGUGUUAGCUCCCGCUCCAUGCCCAUUGUUGGAGCGACAGUCCUGGAAUCCAGAGUUGCAAGUGAGGUGGUGAUACGGCAAGCAGACGGUGGCAAAGUACGGCUUCAAAGCUCUACGUCUGGCAAGUGGCCGGCAUACCACCCCAAUGGACAUCGAAACAGU